AUGAUACAAAAGGGGACCCUAAACAUCCAUACACCCGAUCCGUUCUUCUUCGAAUUUCCUCGCCAGAUGGGCAAAUAUUCCGAAGGCACAUUGCUUUUAGUCGGCAAUCUCCUACCGUCCAAUGGCUCCACGACCAACUUUUUCGCCUGGCGGUCAGAAGACCACGGCGAAACCUGGGAUGCUGCAGGAGAAUGGCAACACGGCGGUCCAUCCCGUUCAGGCAUUUGGGAACCUUUUCUUUACAUGGAUAAAAAAGGUAGACUCGUGGCGGCGUUCUCUGACGAACGACAGAAUAGGAUGCACAGCCAAAUGCUGGCCAAUGUCGUUUCCGAGGACGGCGGCGAUACCUGGGGUGAUAUCGUGAAGGCUGUGGCCAGUUCCCGGGUCAGGGAUCGACAAGGGAUGGCUACGGUAGCGAAGAUGGGCAAUGGGGAGUAUAUCAUGAGCUACGAGUUCUGCGAACACCCCGAUUGCCCUGUGCAUACAAAGACUUCCAAAGAUGGCGUCUCAUGGAACGCAAAUGAUACCGGGAUCAGGAUCGAUACCGCUGAUGCAAGUGAUCCUUUCCAGCCAUACACAUUGCUCAAUCCCAAAAAUCAGCCUUCUCCCGAAAAUUCUCGCUCCGUCUUCAUCAACAAAAGUUACGGCAAAGGUGAAUGGGUUUGGGCUCCAGCCCCUUGGACUGUUCCAAAUGGCACACGAUACUGCAAGGCCAACUAUAGCCCCGAUUUGCUUCCGCUUUCGAAUGGGGUUGUUCGAUAUACGGCGCCAGCAGGUCAAGGUAACGGCAGCUUUUGCUGGGAACGGACAGGAAAAGCGCCCAUCGGUGCCUUGCCUUAUACGGCGAAUUUUACGGCUUACGGACAAGCUGGUUGGAUCGACUUUGGGGGAAGUGGAACGUGUCGGGUGAUGAAUUACAAGAUUAUCGGCGAUAUCAUUAUCACUGGCAGCUCUGGUUCAGUUGGACUGAAUGUGCGAAUGUCUGCUUCUGGCACGGGUCUCAAUAAGUUGAAGGGAUACGCUGUGGCUGUCGAUAGUGCUACUGGCAAACUGACCACCUAUCGACACGCCAACAACAAGACUGUUAUGCAUUCAGGAGCUCAUCCUGAGGGAAUUUAG